UUGAAGUUGAGAAAUGGGAGAUGAGAAAAGUUCCUUCUUGUUCAGUACUCUCUUUCUUCAACUUUAACACCAACUGUAUACAACAAAAAUCUUUCUUUCUCGGCCAAAAAGGUCUUUGCGAUGUCAUUCCUUCAAAAUCUUCCCUUCAACUUCACUCUCAUGUAAAUUUAGACUCACUUGUCUCAACACUAAUUGUUGCUUUAAACUCUUGCUCUCGUGUCUCCUACUGUCAGGCUUUUCAUGCUCGCGUUAUCAAAUCUGUGAAUUACCGUCACGGAUUCGUUGGUGAUCAGUUGGUUACAAAUUACGCUAAAUUAGGAUAUCCAGAUGAUGCACAAACUUUGUUUGAUGAAAUGCCUAAUAAAGAUUUGGUAUCCUGGAAUUCUUUAAUUUCAGGAUUAUCAAGAAGUGGGUUUACAGCUAGAUGCCUGAGUGCGUUUUGUAGAAUGAGAUUUGAAAUUGAUAUGCAACCAAAUUAUGUCACUUUUUUAUCUAUAAUCUCCGCUUGCAGUGAUAAGGGGGCUCUAAGUGAAGGCAAGUGCAUUCAUGGCUUCGCAAUCAAAUUGGGUGUGCUAAAUGAAGUGAAAAUUAUGAAUGCCCUCAUAAACAUGUAUGGAAAGUCUGGAUAUUUACAUGAAGCUUGUUGGUUAUUUGAGGCAAUGCCAUUGCAGAAUUUGGUGUCUUGGAAUUCAAUGAUUGCAAUUUACACUCAAAAUGGGCUUGCUGAGGAAAGUAUGGGAAUUUUCAUUAUGACGAGAAGGGCUUUAGUUGAGUUUGAUCAAGCUACUAUGUUGACUGUUCUGCAGGCUUGUGAAAACUUAGGCGUGAGAAAUUUAGCUGGGAGUAUUCAUGGUUUAAUCUUAAGGUUUGGUUUAAUUGCUAAUGUGGCCAUUGCAACUGCACUUUUAGAUCUUUAUGCGAAGCUAGGGUGUUUACAUUCUUCAAGUAAGGUUUUUGGAGAGAUUAUUUAUCUGGAUAGAGUGGCUUGGACUGCCAUGCUUGCAGGCUAUGCUAUGCAUGGCUAUGGAAAAGAUGCAAUAAAGCUCUUUGAAGUCAUGGUGAAAAAAGGUAUACAGCCUGAUCAUGUUACCUUCACUCACUUGUUAAGUGCUUGUAGUCAUUCGGGACUUGUCAAAGAAGGGAAGCAUUAUUUCAAGUUGAUGUCUGAAGUUUAUGGGGUGGAGCAUAAGUUGGACCAUUAUUCAUGCAUGGUUGAUCUUCUUGGCCGCUCAGGACUUCUCAGUGAUGCUUAUGACCUGAUUAAGCGCAUGCCAAUGGAGCCAAAUACUGGUGUCUGGGGUGCUCUUCUUGGUGCUUGCAGAGUCUAUGUUAACACUGAACUUGGAAAGGAAGCUGCCGAAAGAUUAGUUUCCCUAGAUCCAUCAGACAUCAGAAACUACAUCAUGCUCUCAAAUAUAUAUUCUGCAGCUGGACUAUGGAGGGAGGCUUCAAAAGUGAGGGCGUUAAUUAAAGAGAGAAGUCUCAACAGAAAACCUGGAUGUAGUUUUGUUGAGCAUGGAAAUAAAAUCCAUCGCUUUGUAGUGGGUGAUAGAUCUCACCCUGAGGCAGAUAGGAUAUAUCAUAAGUUGGAAGAAUUAAUUGGAAAGAUAAGGAAAGCUGGUUUCAUGUCUAAAACAGAAUUUGUUCUACAUGAUGUUGAUGAGGAGGUUAAAGAGAAUAUGAUCAAUGAACAUAGCGAGAAGUUAGCCAUGGCAUUUGGGCUUCUGGUGACUGAUGUUGCACAGCCACUAAUUAUAACCAAAAACCUUAGAAUAUGCGGUGAUUGUCAUAGUACAGCAAAGGUUGCAUCACUGAUUGAGAAGCGUACCAUCAUAAUUCGAGAUCCAAAGCGGUUUCAUCACUUUUCUGGUGGAAUAUGUUCCUGUGGAGAUUACUGGUAAGCCCUCUGCAGUAAACAACUUGCUGUGACAUUGGAAACAGUGGACUUAUGUGUAAGAAUUCUUUCAUUCAGUCUUGUUUUUACAUGACUAAUUUGUAAUUUGAUAUAAUCAACUAGAUGUAAUUGUAGUUGAUGCAUUAAAGACAUGAUUUUGUGACAGAACCAUACAUCUUUUGCACUAGAUGAGCUUCUGAAUGUCAAAUAAACCACCACCAAA